CUCAGGACUCUCUCAGUGUGGAACGAGCACGCUUUCUUUUUCCCUACCACCACCACGACCUUCACGCGGUAGAUGCUGCGCGACUAGAGGGGAACUCAUGUCUGACGCCAAAACGAAGGUUGUGGACAUUCCGGUCGACUUCAGCUACUAUGGCGGUGCUGAGUCUCUGUCUGAGGGCAGGUCUCCUCGGCGGACUGUCGUUGCCUCUCCUACCGCUCAAGACGACGGCAAAUCCCACAUCGCUCCCCCGCAAGACCCGUCCGAUUUCUUAUGGAUCAUGACCGAGGAACCUCACCGCAGCAGGCGUAUGGCUAUCUUGAAGGCGCACCCGGAGGUAACCAAACUUAUGGGCCAUGAGCCUCUCACCAAGUACGUUGUGCUCGGAGUAGUCUCGCUUCAGCUACUCGUUGCAUACCUCCUACGGAACACCAAAAUCUUGUCGCCAUUGUUCUUAUUCUGUGUGUAUGUCAUCGGGGGCUCUGCCAACCAUAACUUGUUCCUCGCCAUUCACGAAAUCACGCACAACCUCGGUUUCAAAGGCAUUAAGGCUAAUAAGGCAUUGGCUAUGUUCGCUAACAUACCUAUCGGCGUUCCAUAUUGUGCGGCCUUCAAGAGAUACCACCUAGAGCACCACAAGUAUUUGGGAGAAGACGGCAUAGAUACUGAUCUCCCUACCAAGCUAGAGCUGUUAUGUCUGAAUAACGUAUUAGGGAAAGUAUUCUUUGCUACAUUCCAAAUAUUUUUCUACGCCCUGCGUCCCGGAUUUCUUGUCUUUGACUAUGUUCUCGUCAAGACUUGUGGUGUCCGCCCUUUCAUAUACCUGCUCGCGUCCAGCUUCUUCGCGGGAAGCCUUCACCCAUUGGCUGGUCACUUCAUCGCAGAGCACUAUGUUUGGGAUGGUCUAUAUCAAGAGACGUACUCUUACUAUGGACCACUGAAUGUCCUCGCUUACAACGUGGGAUACCACAAUGAACACCACGACUUCCCUUCAGUUCCGUGGACGCGUCUGCCCGCGCUACGGGCACUCGCACCAGAGUUCUACGACACGAUCCCCUCGCAUCCGUCCUGGCCCAUGGUCACCAUCAAUUUUAUUCGUGACUCUGAGGUGGGCAUCUUUGCGCGCAUCAAGCGCCCGAUGAAGGGCAGGGCGCCGCCUGCGAGUGCCUGUACAAAAGAUACAAAGGUUGCAGGUGAGAAGGAGGACUCGGACAUCUCAGAUGACGCGAAGUAGCUCAUACGUAGUUUGUACGUACGGGUAUUGUCCGGUCACUUGGUGUUCCGGUGCACUAUAAAUAGUCAUUUCGGUCACUGUC